GAUCCCGAGGAGACUUGGUUUGGGAGAGGAGCCGCACGCUGAAUUCAGCUGUACUCAGAAGAUCAGACAGGUUCUCCUUCAAAGGGGAAAGGGGUAGGGGGGAGGAAAAGCCAUUUGUUUAUUCCUGAAAAGAAGGGAGUUAGGAAAGAAAAAAACUAAUAUAUAGCUAGACAUACAUAUUUCAAAGAAAAGGAUGCUUUGGAAGACUUUGCUGCUGCUGCUGUUCUAUUAUAGUGCUCAUGCCACUGUAAACUACAGAUGGAGUAGAGCUAUGCUUUACCCAGCUGCUCAACGAUUGAAGAGGUCCUCAGCUGCUUUCCUUAAUCCAGUUCUACAAAACUCCCUGGAAGAUGUGGUUCUACUUUAUGAGUUUCUUUUAGCUGAGCUUGACAUUGACAAAGGUCAGAGGAUCUCCAUCAAAGAUGAGGAGCUGGCUUCGCUGAGGAAGGCUGCUGAGUUUGACACCAUCUGCAAUGAGGUUAUUCCCAAGAGCAUCACAGAGAUCCGCAGGCUGAGUAGCAGGCUGUCCUCUUAUCCAAGAGUCCUCAAGAAAGAAGACUUUGAAAGGACAGUGCUGACCAUGGUCUACACAGCCUACAGGGCUGCUCAGUCCCAGGGACACCAGAAGGGCACUUGGGCGGAAUCCUUUGUCAAUCUUUACAAAGCGCUGAAGCACGACUUGAUGUUUCCAUACAACAAGGAGACAUCAUAGAAGGACACUCGAAACAGCAACUACUCAGCCACUUCUUCUGGUUGAUAAGGGGCACACGUAGCACGUCCACCACUUCAUUCUAUGAAAGGUGUAACAGCCCGCUUCAUGAGAGAUUAUUUGUUUUCUAGCUCCCUCUUGUGGAAUUCACUUUAUAGAUGCGUGUUACACGGGGAAAAAACUUGUCUUCAGUUUCCCCGGUUUUUUUGGUUCUAUUUUGUGAUGGCUUUGAGGCAUUUUCUGUAAAAGGAAAAUAAGGAAGUCUGGUGUAUAUCGCAGACAGAUAUGCCCUUAUUUCAUCUGUGUGCUUCUUAUAAACAAUGUGCACAUGUGCUGGAGAAUGCUGCUUUUCUUGCUGAGGAAAUAACUUCAUAUUUCAGUUGCUCAGUAAAAGAAUACUAAAAAGAAUUGCAAAGGCCCUCUGUAAAAGGAAGAGGUUUCAUAACUGUCAGCCUCCAGAAAUUAUGGCAAAUAUAUGCAUUCCAAAUGUUCCUGUAAAUAAGCACUGUCUGACUCACUUCAUUCGGCUGAGCCAGUUUUUAAUCACAAUAGCAUUAGCAGAAGACAAAAGGCAUUGUGACUACCAGCAGCAAACAAUGCCUGUGAACAUAUUCCCCGGUCCCCAGAACCACCCUCCCAAACAGUCUGAAAUGUCUUUCAUUAUUUGCACAUGACUUUGCUUCUGCUCCUUUAUUUUUGAGUUGAACAUGGAUUUAUCCUCUGUGGAGUAAAAGGCAAAACAAAAGCUCUAUUUAAUUUAAUGAUGACAAUUUGUUUUCUGAUUCUAUCACUUGAACUUAGAUCAUCUAAACCAGUGCGUCAGAAUCCCUCUGAGGCAGGGGAGGAAGGUGGAUUAAAACAUACAUGGUGCUGAA